GUCCGUGUUCAGAAUUUCUUUUGUCGUACCUACAACAAUUCGAGUACUUUCCUAAUAUCGUUAUUUGUUAGUAUAAUAUUAUGUAAAACCAAAUCCGCAUUGAAAUAAGAAAAUAUUAUAAUGUAUAAAAAGUAAUUGAAUGUUUUAUACUAUUUGGUAUAAUACAAUUAUGGUAACAGGUUAACCACACGGUUUACAUAGAACAUGUACUUUAUUGCCAGUGUAAAUAUUGUAAUGCUUUGAUGGUUUCAUUACUGUGCAUGAUUCGAACUCUUAUUAAUAUCAAAUGUAGGAAUAAGAAUAACGUAUUGUAAAUAUUAUAUGGUUGGGAAGCCGAUACACAAGUUCCCGACGCUUGUGGUUACUCGUAGUCAACCGUGGUUCUAAUGCUGUCUUGACCAAGCCGACUUUUUCCAGUCUCGUAGUAAUUCUUACUAUUCAAAUCUCUUGCGUUUUCUGCUCAUAACUUUUAUUUCAUCGUGUUGGCUUUUCAUAGUUGAUUACAAAUAGGCCACACAGCCGACUCGUCAUGAUGGCGACGGCCAGCAGCUAUACCGACACCAACGAAUCGAACGAACUGACCGUCGACUACAAAACCGACGAAGAAGUAUUGCUCAAUCUCGCACUGCAGAAGAAACUCGAAGUGUCCACCGUCAUCAAAAUCAAGGGUAUUCCCGAAGUCACACCCAAAAGCUUCGACAAACUCCGAAUAUAUAUCAUUAAAGUAUUUACACGGUUUGGUAAAAUACUCAAAGAUUACUAUCCAAAGUCUGAGAAUGGUCACACUAAAAAUUACUUAUUCAUUGAAUAUGAAGACCACAAAAGCGCACUGGAAGCUGUUAAGUGGACUAAUACUUCCGAACUAGACAGCGAAUAUACUUUUUUAAUACAAUUAGUUCCCGACUUUAAAAGAAUAGCAACUCUGCUACAGCCAAUAUCAGGCUAUGAUGUGCAUUUUUUCUUGAGUAAACCUACUACAUAUGGUCAAUAUUUUGUAAACAAAAACUUAAACAGUCGUAUUCAAGGUUGGAUGAAUAACUUUCCUCAUAUACCAGAUCUAGAAAAACAUAGAAUGAUGGCAGACGCUCAAUUGGCCAUGGCCAAGAAAAAAGAUCCCAAAAAGUAAGUCAAAUUUCAUUAGUUACCUAAAUGUUUGUUGAGUAUGAAAAAGACAAAAACUCCUCGGUUGCUGUUACACAAGAAUACAAGAUAAUAAUUUCCAACUAAUAAAAUGUCAUACUUUAUUAAUAAUUAAUAUAAUCAUUUUUUGACUACAAACAGUGAGCUUAAUUAAUUU